AUGUUUGCUAGAUCAGUUGGUAAGAAUGUUUUAAACAGAAGUUCUGUUUUCAAAAGAACUAAAGUAACUUUACCAAAGUUAGAAUGGGAUUUUGCUGCUUUAGAACCAUUCAUUUCUGGAAAGAUUAACGAAUUGCAUUACAGCAAGCACCAUCAAACCUAUGUCAACGGAUUUAACACAGCAACUGAACAAAUGCAAGAAUUACAAUUGCAAUUGUCUAAACAACCUGAAAAUUUAAGUAUUGCAAGUAAGAUUAUUGGUGUUCAACAAAACAUCAAGUUCCAUGGUGGUGGGUUUAAGAAUCAUUGUUUGUUCUGGGCUAAUCUAUCCCCACAAAGUGCUGUUGGUGGUCAACCACCAACUGGUGCCUUGGCUGCUCAAAUCGAGAAACAGUAUGGCUCAUUAGAAAACUUGGUCAAGAUAUCCAACGAUAAAUUGUUAGGUAUUCAAGGUUCUGGUUGGAUCUUUAUUGUAAAAAAUGUCGCCAAUGGUGGUACCAUUGAUGUUGUUCAAACCUAUAAUCAAGAUACUAUCACUGAUGGUAACAUCAUUCCUUUAGUUGCCGUUGAUGCCUGGGAACAUGCUUACUACUUACAAUAUGAAAACAGAAAGGGUGAAUAUUUCAAUGCUAUUUGGAAUGUCAUCAAUUGGGAAGAAGCUGGUAGAAGAUACGAUUCUGCCUAA